UGCGGACACUUGUGUAGUUGGAUCAUUCUUACUUAUCUUGUUCUAUUGGCCAUUUAUCUUGGAAGACUUCAAAAAUCUAGGCUAUUUCUAAGUAACUAGUGACAACAAACUAGCUUACUCAUCUUCAGCUAGUUUAGGAUCUCACCUUGAUCACCAAUCCUUGAUCACUUCAGAUCCCGAUUAUUGUGCUCCAACAAUUAUCUUACACUCUACAGAACUUAAAAAUUGUUUGUUUGAUUAUCUCUUACUCUCAUACAAGUACAGCAAUAAUGGAGAAAUGUUUGAUCUUUUUGAUGGGAUAUCUGUUUCUAUGUCUGUGUUCACCCAUGGCUGAAUCCAGUGAAUACAUGAAAUACAAAGACCCCAAACAGCCACUGAAUAGUAGAAUUAAAGACCUGAUGUCAAGAAUGACACUGGAAGAAAAGAUUGGUCAAAUGACACAGAUUGAUAAACGAUUCGCAACAUCUCAGAUGUUGAGAGAUUACUCAAUUGGGAGUGUGUUAAGUGGUCAAGGUAGUACUGCUUCCGUUGUUGAGGGCGUUAAGGCAACCCCGGAAGAAUGGAUUGAUAUGGUAAAUGAUUUUCAGAAUGGUUCUCUAUCCAGUCGUCUCGGAAUCCCAAUGAUCUAUGGGAUUGAUGCUGUUCACGGCCAUAACAAUGUAUAUAAAGCUACAAUCUUUCCCCAUAACGUUGGGUUAGGCUGUGCUAGGGACCCUGAACUCGUUAAGAGAAUUGGUUCUGCAACAGCUCUUGAAGUUAGAGCUACUGGAAUAAAUUAUGUUUUCGCCCCAUGCAUCGCGGUAUGUAGAGAUCCAAGAUGGGGUCGAUGUUACGAGAGUUACAGUGAAGAUCCUAAGAUUGUUCAGGAAAUGACUGAGAUAAUUCCUGGUUUACAAGGAGAUAUUCCACCUGGUUCUAGAAAAGGAAUUCCUUAUGUAGGUGGAAAUAAUAAGGUGGCAGCUUGCGCAAAACAUUUCGUUGGUGAUGGUGGCACAACAAAGGGUAUAAAUGAGAACAACACAGUUACCGACUGGCAUGGACUACUCAGUAUUCAUAUGCCUGGUUAUUACAGUUCUAUCAUCAAAGGUGUGUCAACUAUCAUGGUUUCAUACUCAAGCUGGAACGGCGAAAAGAUGCAUGCUAACCGUGACCUUAUCACUACCUUCCUCAAGGACACACUUAGGUUUCGGGGUUUUGUCAUUUCGGAUUGGAUGGGUCUCGACAAGCUUACUGCACCAGAACAUGCUAACUAUACUCAUUCUGUGGAAGCUGGGAUUAACGCAGGCAUUGACAUGGUCAUGGUUCCUAUAAACCACACUGAAUUUAUCAAUGAUGUAACCUACCUUGUUAAAAAGAGCCUGAUUCCCAUGAGCAGGAUUGAAGAUGCUGUAAGGAGAAUUUUGAGGGUCAAGUUCACCAUGGGCCUUUUUGAGAACCCCAUUGCGGGCUUCAGCUUUGUCAACCAUCUUGGAAGCCAGGCGCACAGAGAUUUGGCUAGAGAAGCGGUAAGGAAAUCACUUGUGCUAUUGAAAAAUGGAAAGUCGGCCAAUGAGCCAUUAUUGCCUCUACCAAAGAACGCACCUAAAAUCCUUGUUGCCGGUAGGCACGCUAACAACUUGGGUUUGCAAUGUGGUGGUUGGACGAUAGACUGGCAAGGGAAAGAAGGAAAUAACAUCACUGCUGGAACAACUAUCCUUGAUGCCAUAACAUCUGCUGUCGAACCACGCACCGAAAUCGCUUACAGUGAAAACCCUGAACCUGAGUUCGUCAGGUCUAAUAACUUCUCAUAUGCUAUCGUUGUCGUUGGGGAACAACCUUAUGCAGAGAAAUACGGGGACAAUUUUAACUUGACAUUUCCUGAACCUAGCUUGAGCACAAUGAAGAACGUUUGCGGCUCUAUCAAAUGUGUUGUUGUUGUUAUCUCCGGACGACCUCUUGUGAUUGAACCUUAUCUAUCAGAUGUUGAUGCUCUUGUGGCUGCAUGGCUCCCAGGAAGUGAAGGCCAAGGCGUGACUGAUGCCUUAUAUGGAGAUUAUGGGUGCACCGGAAAGCUUUCAAGAACUUGGUUUAAGAAUGUUGAUCAGCUCCCGAUGAACUACGGCGAUGAGCACUACGAUCCACUCUUCUCAUUCGGUUUUGGACUCGAAACCAUACCAACAAAUACAACUAGCUAGAUUUUUCUUUUUGGUAACGAACAUCUCGUUCUCUCGCAUUAUUCUCAAGACAUGUAUAGUAAAGGCCACGAUAUAUAUGCUGCCGCUUAUUAAUUGGAGUCUAGAUAUCAAUUACCAAUUUGCCAAUUUGGCAAAAACACGACUUAUCGCUUUCUUAAAACGCG